GAUAUUUCGGUAAACUGAUGUCGAGUUUAAAGCCACGGCACUCACAAUCCACCUUCGGUGAUCAUAACAACUCUCGACCAAUACCCGCUAGAAUCAAGUUAAAGGGAACCAGACACUACAGAUGAGACAAUCAGUACUAGUGUUAACAUUUUUUGCGGAUUCUUAAAUGUGUUGUGUGUGUGUUUGAUUUGAAUUUAAUAAACCGGUAAUUAGUAUAAGGAGAACAUGGACUUGUAUUGCUGCGAGUCUGCAGAAAAUGAAAUUAGAGCAUACGAUGACCCGACUUUACUGCAGGAUAGAGUACUUAGAAAUUUACUCAAAACAGAGGAUCGGUAUGUUUUACCGAUCAAUGCCUCCCUCGCUGUACAAAAAGAGGUUACUGCCGAAAUGAGGAAGAUAGUCGCUGAAUGGAUGAUGGAGGUGUGUGAGGAACAAAAGUGUCAAGACGAAGUUUUUUCUUUAGCUAUGAACUGUAUGGAUAGAUUUUUAAUGUGUUGUUCUAUAAUGAAGAAUCAAUUACAGUUAUUAGGAACUACGUGUUUGUUAUUAGCAUCAAAGUUAAGAGAAUCGAGACCCCUAGCUGGUGAAACUUUAGUGUAUUAUACAGAUCAUAGCAUAAGGAGAGAUCAACUAUGGAAUUGGGAACUUCUAGUCUUGAGUAAAUUAAAAUGGGAUAUAUCCGCCGUCACGCCUCACGAUUUUCUAAAACAUCUUCUGAGUCGGUUAUUAGAAAAAGAUUGGAACAUUGGUUACAAACGAGUCCACAAUCACGCCAAAACCAUCAUCACCCUUUGCGCCACAGAAUUUGUUUUUUCGAGGUAUUGUCCUAGUAUUAUAGCAUGUGCAAGCGUUGCAUCUGCUUUGUGCGGAGUAGGAUGGACCUACAAGAGCGGUCAUACUCUAGAACAACUUUUGCAGAGAUUAACCGCAAUAACAAACAUAGAAAUGGAUUACGUGAAGGAAUGCCUUAACAAAAUAGAUCAGAUGAUCAAAGAUUCUUCUGCUCUGCCAGGCGAGGACUUCAAGUCUGUAAACGGUACAGCCAGACCGGGAGAAUUUACACCACCGCCUUUGGAAAAAAACCAGGAUCAUAACACAGCUUUAACCCCUACAGAUGUGCACGACAUCCAUUUUUGACACAAGAAAUAGGAGUGCGCCAGUGAUAAUAUUAGAAUACCUAGAGCUUCCAUAAACGUUUAUAAAAUUUAAAUGUGUACCUUAAAUAGAGACGUAUUUUUUUAAUAAAUUUUCUGCGCGUUGUGAAUCGGUUAGUAUGUGUAUAUCGAUAACACGAUAAUAGUGUUUAUUGUUUUUGUUUAAAUAUUUGGUGUGGAUGUAAGCGCUAUAACAGAAAAUAAAUGUUGAAGUGGGAGAGAAGAAUAAAAUGAAUGAUGAAAUGUCAUGAAAAACUUCGGGGGAAGGCAAUAAAUUACGCUUUAAGUGAGAAACAGUAGUUGGAUAUUUUUUUUGUAAAAUAAGUGCAGACUGGAAAACAAUUUUUAGAUAUUAAUAAUAUAACAUUAUAAGAGACCAUCUUUAAUAUGAAACGGAUAUAUAAUAAAUGUUAAAUUUUGAAGCAUCCAUGAAUAGUCUACUUAUAAAACAAGGUAAUAUAGUUAUAUAUAUAUAAUAAACUACUAUCUAUUAUUAGAAGCAUUGGAAUUAAAUAAACGUUUUUAGUUUAAAUUCAAGGUUUUGUUUUGUCUGUUAUGUGAGUAUGGAGAAUUUAUUUGCUACUAAAAUGGUUUUUAGACUUCAAGUUAGUUAGGUUAUUUAUGCAACCCAUACUAAAUUCCCACAAAAUACAUUUGUCAAAUAUUAGUUUCUUUUUGUUGAAUGAAUUUUAAUAUUUCUUAUAAGAACAAUUUAGUUAUAAUAAAUCGUUUCACAUAUUUUUGUAGAGUAUUGAUAAAAAAGUUAUUAUUAUAUACUGGUCAGAAUGUGCAAUAAUUUUAGUUACCAUCAUUCAUGGUAAUAUAUCAUUAUUAGGUAGAAACAAAAUUUUUUUACAUAUAAAUUUUUUAUCAAUAUAUAUAUAUAUGAUUUAUUGAAGAAUAAUUAUUUGAAUUAAUUUUUUCCUGUCUGGACUUAUGAACACCUCGUACACAGGGGUGGUAAUUAUAAAAAUCGAACCCCUUUAUAGUCAUUUGUACAUACACGAUUUUUGGUUCCUUAAACUGAUUUUUCCACAUCAGUUGAAUAAUAGUUUUUAAAUUAUUUACCUAAAUAUUUACAUUGUAGCAGUUCAAUCUGUUGCACAAUUUUGAAAAAUUACCAUUUUUUUUAUACCUAUUUAUAUAUAGACCUACAACAUUUUCCCUUAUUAUGCAGCUGUGAUAUCAAAAUUCAAUCUCGACUUUAUAUUUUGGAAUCUCAAUCAGAUCACAUCAAAAAAUACAUUACCAGAUAAAAUUGUGCAACAGAUCUUGACACAAAGACUGUACUAUUACCAGGUGUAAGAACAUAAAAAGGAAAAUAAUAGUUAAUUUAUCACCUGAAUUGUAAACAUCAAAUUUAGUGAUAUCAUUUUUUUUUUCAGUAUUCAAAAUUGAUUUUUAUUAGAUGAUAUAAAAAGGUAUGACUUAUUUGUUGAAAAAUAGAUGUCAUUAGAAUUGUUAUCUAUAAAAACGACGAAUUUGCAGAUAAAAAUAUGUACACUGAUAAUUUUUAAGGAAUCUUAAACAUUUAUAAACUUGAUUUUAUUCAAAACUAAAACAAAUUCAAUUCCUAACCUCAAUUAUGACAUAAAGCUUAUUAACACAGCUGGCAAUAAAAUUUGCAAAUUUUUUAUUAAUUUAAAAGAAAGCUUUUAAAGUUCUUAAUCAUACUUAGUUUCUAUUUAUUUGAGUGGAAAUGAGUACAAGUAGUAUCUUCAUAAUCAUUUUCAACCCCCUCAUUUCUUCACUGACUUUAACCCUUGAUUGAUUGGGCCUGUGAAAAGCUACGGGUUCAAGAAGGAUAAAAACUACAACAAGAUCCAUAACCUCAAAAUGCAAAAUUCAGAUUAGUAGAUUCUUUAUUGAACUCUUUGAAAUUUUAUCGACAAGCUGUAGAUUAAUAUUCUGAUUAAAUUAAUUUCUAUCAAUCUUUUUUUUUAUAGUUACCAUUUUAAAUAGAUGACAUAUUUUCUAAUUUAUGAUCUUUUGUUUAAACUAUCAAAAAAGUAGCACUGAAAGGAUGUUGUAAAUAAACUGGUGUUUAGGUGCCUCAUUCUUUACAAUUCCAGUUACAUAUUCGUCGAUUUUGUAAUAGAAUUAAUCCUAUUUUAUGCACUUAUACCUUUAUAUACGACUUAACUAACAUAGAUGAAUUAUUUGUACAAAAUAGGUGUUUCAAUUAUUUUUACAAUAAAUAGGUUAAAGUAUUUCUUUUUACAAUGUAAUUCUAUCCACUAUUAUGUACUUUAUCAAAUUGACUCGUCCCGAUAAUUUGAGGGUUAUUUUGUUUAAUUUUAUGUGAUUUCUCUUGCAAUGUAUAUGAUUUAAAAUAAUAAGAAAAUACUCUUGGCGGAUGAUGAUGAAUUCUGAUAGCAGUGUGGUGUUUUCAACCCCACUGUACAAAUUAUUCUAGAAAGAAUCAAUUUUGAAAUGUAUUAAUGUAGUUAGCUUACCACAAUGAACAAAAAUAGAACAGAAAUAACUAAAAUAUUUUAUCUUGUUAACACAUUUUAAAUACGAAAUUACAUUUCUUAUUUUGAUGUAUCUUUAGUAACGAAAUUUGAUGAAUAUUUUACAUCAUUUGUCUAAGGGUUCUAAAAAAGUGAUUUAAAAAUUUAUAUAAGCAUAUAUAAAAAAAUGCAAUGAAUUAGAUAAACAGAGCCAUAUUAUUUAAGUACCUAAUAUGCUUAAGCAUAGUUAUAUAUUUUACUAUGAUACAUUUGCUUAUAAUUAAUGUAAAUAUUUGUAUAUAUAUCUAAAAUCAUCUUGUUCAACCACAAAUCUCACUGCCAGUGUAGAAUUUACAUACCACUUUUUUUUGUUUAAUAUUUGCUCAUUUUUGUAUACAAUAGUUCAAGUUUAUAUACCUCAGUUGCAGUUCCAUUCAAUCAACAGAUCAAUAGUUUUUAUUGUACAGUUUCUUUCAAAUGUGUAAUAAUCAUAUUAUAUAUGCUUUUAUUUGUAAAUAAUUAUAUAUCUCUAAGAGAAUUUUUAUAAUAAAAAAAUAUUUACAACA